GUGUAAUUAUAACGUCAUAUACUUCAUUAAAGCUUAUAAUAAAACUUAAUUAGUUUAUGUAGUUGCUUUCGUGUUAGAAAAGCAAUAACUACAAGCCACCGAUUUGUAAACAAAUUAGUGUAAUAACACAACCAUAGCUGUAGUACAAAAUUUAUUAAUAUUUAAACAAAUUAUAGCUAUAAUAUAAACAAAAACAAAAAAACACAAAUUAAAUACAUUCCAAAUUUUCACCACAGCUGUUAGUUACAGAAGUUAAUUGUUACAAAUAACUCUUUAAAACAAAAAUACUUAAACACAAUGGGUUGUAAUACUAGUCAAGAGUUAAAGACAAAAGACGGCGCUAUCGCCAUCAAUGGUGAGGAGGUAUCUAACACUUCGCCUGUUGAAAAUUUUGAGCAACAAACACAAAACGGUAAUGUUCACAGCAAUGAACAACAACAAAAGGGCGGUGUCAUUGGAGGCGACCACAAUUCGGUUGGUGUUGAUGAUGAUAACGUUACUGCCAACACCCAAAUUAAAUCGGGUAAUAGUCACAAGCAUCAUACCAAAUCAAGUUCAAUUAUAUCGAAUGGUGAUGCUAACAAGCAUUCAAAAGAUGCAAAAAUUGUCUUUGACUCAUCGUCAGCAUCGCCACAGAAACCAUUUUCAAUAUACAAAGAAAAUGGUAUUGCUACAUUGAAUGGAGAUGGGCAGCUUAGGCAAUAUGGUAGAGCGGAAAUAUCAGAAUUGAAUGAUAUGGAACUGGGCGAGGAUGAAGAAGUGGAAGUGGACAUACGCAUACCACACCACCAUCAUCAUCAUGGCAGCAAAAAAAUUCGUCGAAAUCCGUUAAAAAAUUUGGAUCUCGAUUUUAAAUUUGAUGUUAAUUCGUUUUAGCCACAAUCUG